GCGUUGAUAUGUAGUUUUCGAAGUCACGAGGUUUUUGGUACGGAAAAUGUUCAGAAAAUGACAGUAAAUUGUUACACAUUAAUUUUAAGUGAAGUGUCGUGAACAAAAAUGGAGUUAAAAGGAACGGACUUGGAGGCGAACGAGACAAUAGCCCAAGUGAUAGAUUAUUUGCAUAUAAGUAUAACGAAUUUGACAAAUUCCAGUCAGGAAACUCAAAUAAAGUUGUUCGACUUGUUCGAAGCAUACAGGACAAGGGAGAAGGAACAAUUGGGCGUGUACAAGUUUGUUGCUUAUGUCAUUGGGACACUUAUCAUUUUAAGUAAUUUGACUGUUGUUAUAUCAAGCGGACUUAUAUUAAAGAAAGGACAACAGCCGAAGAGUACAUAUCUCCUACUUGGCAAUGUCUCCUUGGCUGACACGAUUAUCGGCAUAUCCAUCAUUUUCGGUGCCAUCGUUGACAACUCUAGGAGCUCCAAUCCUUUGUGUAUAUUUCAGAUUGGUAUGUUAGUAUGUCCGGCAAUGGUAUCAAUCUUUAGCGUGGGGUUAAUAGCUGUCGAUCGCUACAUCUACAUCCUCCAUGGACUGUACUAUCAAAGAUGGUUCAAUACAACCAAAGUCCGAAUUGGCAUUGUUUGUAUUUGGAUAAUUGCACUAUUUAUCGCCAGUCUUCCAGCCAUGGGAUGGACAGGCAAGACCUUCACUGAUUACCGUUGUUGGUACAUUGCCGUAUUUCCUGCUUCUCUACUGAUCAUCGUAUCCGUCGUAGUUCUCUCAAUAAUCAUCAUGGUCUGUAUUCUCUACAUACUCAUAUUACACAGUGCCGUAAAAACCGUCGACAAGAUAAGAGAGUAUAGAGAAACUAACAGCAUUGCUUACGUAAAUAAAGCAUUUGAAAAAAACUGCGAUACUCCCACAGAGACGUCUAAUACAAAAGUAACAAUAACAGUUUCAAAAGAAACAACAACAGAUACUGGAAUCGAGAUGCACGAGCUUAGAAAAACUAAUAUAGAAGAAAGGCAAACGGGUCACAGGUAUAGAAAAGUAUCGAAAAUAUCUACCUAUUACGGACAGGCCAAGGCUUUGAACGCUCAUCCGAGUAAACUCAAAGCUGUUAAAACCGUUCUUAUAGUAAUUUGCUGUUUUGUAGGAACCUGGGCGCCGUACUAUGUGACUAUAAUUAUUUAUGUAAAUUGUGAUAUACUGAGACGUGGGUAUGCUUGUGUACCUCUAGAGGUACUGACUUUAGGCCCUCUAUAUUUGCUUGGAGUAUGCAAUAGUUUAUGCGAUCCAUUAAUUUAUGCUUGGAGGCAUUCAGGAUUUAAACGAACCUUGAGGAAAAUGUACCUGAAAUAUAUUUUGUCGUUAAAGAGCGAUUUAUGAUCAUUUUUGUUUAGUAGUUGUUACUGUAAUAAUUUUAAUGAAGAAU